AUGGAGGUUGCAUAUCGUAUUCAUUUGACGGCAAUUUUAAGUGUGACUUGUUUUCUCUUGAAGCAAGGUUUACCUUUCCGUGGAAAUGAUGAGUCUUCAAAUUCACUAAACAAAGGCAAUUUUCUUGAGUUGCUUGAUUGGUAUAGCCUACGAAAUGAAGAAGUUUGGAAGACAGUCAAUCAAAAUGCCCCUGGAAACAAUCAAUUGACUUCCCCAAAAAUUCAAAAGGAGUUGGCAAAUGCUUGUGCAAUGGAGAUUACACGUGUUAUUGUUGAUGAUAUUGGGGAUAAUUAUUUUUCUCUUAUGGUUGAUGAAGCCCGAGAUGCUUCAAUAAAGCAACAAAUGAGAGUUGUUUUAUGA